AUGGUUCCCGGGGGUCGGUGUUUCAGGCAGAAGAAGAUUAAGAAGAAGAAGAAGAAUAAGAAAAAGAAGAAGAAAGCUCUCAGGUAUCCAAAUGCUUAUAUUUCAAAUCCAAAUGCUUAUAUUUCAGAUCCAAAUGCUUAUAUUCCUGAUCCAAAUGCUUAUAUUUCAGAUCCAAAUGAUAAUAUUUCAAAUCCAAAUGCUCCUAUUUCAGAUCAAAAUACUUAUAUUUCAGAUCCAAACGCUUAUAUUUCAGAUCCAAAUGCUUAUGUUUCAGAUUCAAAUGCUUAUAUUUCAGAUCCAAAUGCUUAUAUUUCAGAUCCAAAUGCUUAUAUUUCAGAUCCAAAUGCUUAUAUUUCAGAUCCAAAUGCUUAUAUUUCAAAUCCAAAUGCUUAUGUUUCAAAUCCAAAUGCUUAUAUUUCAGAUCCAAAUGCUUAUAUUUCAGAUCCAAAUGCUUAUAUUUCAAAUCCAAAUGCUAAUGUUUCAGAUCCAAAUGCUUAUAUUUCAGAUCCAAAUGCUUAUAUUUCAGAUCCAAAUGCUUAUAUUUCAAAUCCAAAUGCUUAUAUUUCAGUGGGGUAG